CAGUAUGCCAUCUAUUUCUUAUUGCUUUUCUUCGUCAGUUAAUCCUCUGGAAAGAAUGUUCUCUUUUCCCAGAUUGCUUGCUAUGCAGGUGGCUUUUUCCCAGUUAGAGAGUGUUUUCUGUUCUCUGGACUGUUGGGUUGAAUCAUGCAGGCUCGAAGCAUGUUCUUGAUUGUGACGAAGGGGUGUCGUCCCUCAUUCCCUUGUGCCGCAUACUGGUACUCACAAAUGAUGAGAACUCUUGCCCAGUUUUGCAUGGAUUCUCCAAUGCAAGAGUAUAAUCCCCUUAAACGAAGCUUUGAUGUGAUGAAUUCAAGCUUGGAGGGUACUGACUUUGGUGCUUUGGAUGAUAAAGAACCAUCUUGCAGCAAUCCCAAGGAAUUCAUACCCAGAAGAUAUCAAUCGCAGAUAUACGAGGUUGCAAAGAGGAGGAACACCGUAGCAGUCCUGGAUACUGGUUCCGGGAAAACCAUGAUAGCUGUAAUGCUGAUCAAGGACAUUGGUCUAACUUUGAAGACCAAUGGCCAUAAAAAGUUAAUUAUUUUCUUGGCUCCUACGGUUCACCUUGUUAAUCAGCAAUUUGAGGUUAUUAAACUUCAUACAGAUCUCGAGGUGGGGCAGUACUAUGGUGCCUUGGGGGUUGAUGAGUGGAAUUUGAAGAGCUGGGAAAAGGAAAGCAGUGAGCAUGAUAUACUGGUCAUGACACCCCAGAUUCUCUUGGAUGCCUUGAGAAAGGCAUUCUUGCGUAUAGAGAUGUUGCAAUUAAUGAUAAUUGACGAGUGUCAUCGUGCUACAGGAAACCAUCCCUAUGCAAAAAUAAUGAAGGAAUUUUACCAUAAAUCAAGUAACAAGCCAAGGAUUUUUGGGAUGACUGCAUCACCUGUUGUUAGAAGAGGUGUUUCAUCCACCAUGGAUUGUGAGGAUCAGAUAUCACAACUUGAAAGCAUCUUAGAUUCACAGAUUUAUACUGUUGAAUGCAGGACAGAAGUAGACAUAUAUAUUCCAUCUGCAAAGGAAAGUAGUAUAUUUUAUGACCAAGCGAAUUCUAGUUCAGAUUUGAAAGAGAAGAUUGAAGCCUCAUGGUUCAAGUUUGAUGCUUUAUUGGUAAAAUUGCAUGGAUCAUUACGAAGUUCUUAUAAAGACACUGAUGAUAAGCUCGAGAAACUCCGAAAGCAAUUGUCCAAUGGCCACAAAAAGAUUUUGUAUUGCCUUGACAAUCUUGGUCUCAUAUGUGCUCAAGAGGCUGUCAAAAUUUGCUUGGAGAAUUUUCCCCAUGCCAAAGAGGAAUGUGAAGUGUACAGUGAGAUCUCUUUGCAGUAUAAAUAUUUUCUCGAGGAUGUGUUAUGCAUAAUUGGAAAUUUUUUGCCGCAAGGAUACCAAGAUCUCUUGGAUUCUGGUGUUUACUUUUUAGAUGCAGUGGAUUCAGGCUGCGUAACUCCAAAACUGCACGAACUUCUUCAACUUUUCCAAUCAUUUGGAGUCGAUAGGCAAGUAUUUUGCCUUAUAUUUGUUGAAAGAAUCGUUGCAGCUAAAGUGAUUGAAAGAUUUGUGAAGAGAGUUACAUGUUUAGCUCAUUUGACAGUUUCAUAUAUUACGGGAAGUAAUACCUCAGCUGAUGCACUGGCACCAAAAGCACAAAAAGACACGUUGGAAUCAUUUCGUUCUGGGAAGGUCAAUCUAUUAUUUUCUACUGAUGUGGUUGAGGAAGGUGUUGAUAUGCCAAACUGUUCUUGUGUAAUACGUUUUGAUCUACCCAAGACAGUUCGAAGCUAUGUUCAAUCCCGGGGACGAGCUCGGAAAAGGGAUUCCCAAUUUGUCGUGAUGCUUGAGAGGGGCAACAUGAAACAAAGGAAUCAACUAUUUGAUAUUAUCAGGAGUGAGUAUUCAAUGACAGAGACGGCCAUAAAGAGAGAUCCUGACACAUGCGUCAUGAAAGCAUGUCAUUUCAAGGAGAUGGACAUAUAUGUCGUCGAUAAGACUGGAGCUUCUGUUACUGCAGAUUCUAGUGUCAGCCUCUUACAAAAGUAUUGCGAGAAGCUCCCUGGUGACAAGUACUACAAACCGAGGCCAAGUUUUGAGCUUUCAUUUUCUGGAGGUUCUUGUGAGUGUACAAUAAAACUACCUCCUAAUGCAGCUUUUCAAACAAUAGUAGGCCCAGCAAGUAGAAGUUCUCAUGUGGCAAAGCAGCUAGCAUGCUUGGAUGCUUGUAAGAAGUUGCAUCAAAUAGGUGCUUUGGAUGAUCAUCUUCUACCAUCUAUUGAAGAGCCAUUAGAGCAUGAUCUCAUGUCAAAAAGCAAAGGAUCUGCUCCAGGUGCAGGAACAACCAAAAGGAAGGAAUUACAUGGGACUGUACCCAUUCAUGCACUAUCUGGAAGUUGGGGGGAAAGUUCUGAUGGUGCCACUUUUCAUGCCUAUAAAAUAACAUUUUCAUGUAAUGUUAUCAGUGAGAUUUAUUCUGGAUUUAUGCUUCUGACUGAGUCUAAGCUUGCUGAUGAUGUUGGCAACAUUGACUUGGAACUUCACUUGGUUGCAAAGAAGGUGAAAUCUCAUGUGUUUGCAUGUGGGCCAGUGCAUUUGAAUGCAGAACAGAUGAUGAGAGCAAGGUGCUUUCAGGAGUUUUUCUUUAAUGGCUUGUUCGGGAGGCUGUUCAUCAGUUCCAAAUCUUCUGGAAAGCAGAGAGAAUUUUUACUUCAGAAAGAAACAAAUUCUUUAUGGUGCACAUCAUACAUGUAUCUGCUUCUGCCGCUUGAAAUGCUGGAUGCUAGUCAUGAAUCUUGUGGACUAAAUUGGAAAGGAGUAAAUGCUUGCACUUCUGUGGUAGAAUAUUUGAAGAAAAAAUCUUCCGUGGGUGCUGAGCAUUGUAAUGGUCACGGGGUAGAUCCAUCACCUUGUAUAAAUGGUUUGGCUGAAACUGAUAACAAAGGUUUAAUCCACUUUGCUAAUAGUUUGGUUGACGUGAACAAUGCCAACUGUAUGGUCGUAUUGGCUAUUCAUACUGGAAAAAUCUAUUCCGUUGUUGAGGUAAUGAGUGAGACAUCUGCUGAGAGUCCCUUUGAUGGUAACACGGAUGCCGACCCACCAGAGUAUGCUUCGUAUGCCGAGUAUUUCAACAAAAAGUAUGGGAUUGUGCUGCGGCAUCCUGGACAGCCUUUGUUGCGAUUAAAGCAAAGUCAUAAUGCACAUAACCUGCUUGUAGACUUCACUAGUAAAGGUCCUUCGCAAGGUGUAAAGCAGCGAUUUUAUGUUCAUAUCCCACCUGAGCUACUCGUAACCAUUGACAUUUCAAUAAGUGUGGUAAAAUCACUUUACUUAUUACCAUCUGUGAUGUACCGUCUGGAGACCCUUAUGUUAGCCAAUCAGCUUCGACAAGAAAUCAGUUGUCGUUCUUGCGACUUUCGCAUACCGAGUUCAUUGAUUCUCGAAGCACUUACGACACUCAGAUGUUGUGAAGACUUUUCUAUGGAGCGACUGGAAUUGCUUGGGGAUUCGGUUUUAAAGUAUGCUGUAAGCUGCCAUCUCUACCUAAGAUGUCCUGAGAAACAUGAAGGCCAAUUAUCUGCUCGGCGGUCAUUGGCUGUUUGUAAUGCAACUCUUUAUAAAUUGGGAACGGAUUGCAAAUUGCAGGGAUACAUACGGGAUAGUGCAUUUGAACCCUGCCGCUGGAUUGCCCCAGGACAGCGCUCUCUUCGUUCUGUUCCCUGUAAAUGUGGAGUGGAUACAUUAGAAGUGCCGUUGGAUUCAAAGUUUCAAACUGAAGACCCAAAAGUUGUGGUCGGGAAGUGCUGUGAUAUGGGUCACAGAUGGAUGGGCUCAAAAACCGUAUCCGACUGUGUCGAAAGCCUCAUAGGAGCAUACUAUGUAAGUGGCGGAUUGGCUGGUGCUCUUCAUCUCAUGAAGUGGCUGGGUAUGGACUCUGAACUUGAGCCAUCGUUACUACUCGAAGCCAUUAAAAGUGCAUCCUUAAGAUCUUACAUUCCAAAAGUCGAGGAGAUUAGCAGCCUAGAGUCAAAGCUUGGUUAUAAAUUUGCUGUUAAGUUUUUCUUGCAAGAGGCUAUUACACAUGCAUCUGAGGAAGAACAAGGUGUUAACUAUUGCUACCAGAGGCUUGAAUUUCUUGGAGAUUCUGUUUUGGACCUGCUUAUUACCCGGUAUCUCUAUCAGAAACACGCAGAACUUGAUCCUGGCGAGUUGACCGACUUGCGUUCAGCUUCUGUUAGUAAUGAGAAUUUCGCUCAAGUUGCUGUGAGACACAGCCUUUAUGAGCAUCUUCAACAUUGUUCUACGUUACUAUCAAGCCAAAUAACUGAAUAUGUAAAUUAUCUUCAUGAUUCUCCAUCUCUUGAAGGCCUAAAGGGUCCUAAGGCACUUGGUGACCUUGUGGAAAGUAUUGCUGGGGCAAUCUUGCUUGACGCCAAGAUGAAUAUAGAGGAAGUUUGGGCAAUAUUUAAACCUUUACUAUCUCCAAUUGUAACCCUUGAGAAACUUGAGUUGCCCCCAUGGCGUGAACUGAAUGAAUUGUGUGAUUCACUUGGAUAUUUUGUGAAAGAAAAUUGUACGAAAAAGGGGGAAACAGUGCAUACUGAGCUCAGGCUACAGCUUGAAGAUGCUCUUUUAGUUGGAGAGGGACACGACCGGACAAGAAAGGCUGCAAAAGGAAAAGCAGCUUCUUAUUUGUUAAAGCAACUCAAGGUUAGAGGAAUCUCCCGAGCUGAUUCCAAGAGGAGGAACAAGGGUGCUGAUGGUGCCAUAGAUAUCAGCAGCGAACCAACCGAGGAUGAUUCUGUAGAACCUCCCGUGUCGAAAAAGCAUAAGAAAACUGAAAGUCAACUGACUGUAGAGCCAAGUGGAGGUCCUACUGUGAACGGGACUUCUAAAAAAACCUCGAGCCCCAACACUCCAGUUAUUGCUUCAAUCAAUAUGAAGAAAGGAGGACCAAGAACAUCUCUCUUCGAAGUCUGCAAGAAAGUACAGUGGCCAGUUCCUGUAUUUGACACAAUCGAACACAAAUCAAGAACUCCCAUUGAAUUUGGCGAAGGCCCCGAGAAAAAGACGGGGUUUAGUAGCUUUGAAUCAAAAGUGACUUUACAUAUACCGGGAUUUGGUGUUGUUGAAUGCAUGGGAGAACCAAAGGCUGACAAGAAGAGUUCUUUCGACUCCGCUGCAAUUUUCUUGCUUUAUGAGCUCAAAAGGCUGGGCAAACUCAUCAUUGGUGAGCCAUAAUAAUUCUCCCAGUCUCAGCUUAUUAUGAUUUUUAACUUGGUAAAUGAAAGGAUGGGGAUGAUUUCCAUAAGUCUACCAUCCCCUUCAUAUUUCUCAGAGAACAAUAAUAGAAUUAGAAGCUGGUUAUUUGUAAAUUGAACGGACUCAAAUGGGUGGGUACCUAUUGUAAAUUAUUGUGUUUUGAAAACCGGACUGGCCUUGUAUGUGGUCCAAUCAACAACAUAUGAACCGGUGAACUAAGGAACCGGCUGUUAUUAGUACUAUUUAUAUUUAAAUAAAGAUGUAUUUAAUAAUUAAC